AUGAAUGUACCGCGUUUGUUAAUGCGGCAUUUUCAUGAAGAAGCUUCGACCGCUGGCCAGCGCCCAGUUGAGGCUUCCACCUUGCCUGUUUCUGAUAAGCCAGUCACGCUCAGUUUUCGUGGUGGACUGUCUGGAAAGCAGGGUCCAAUCGCGGGUUCAAUGACCGUUCCGCCUGCUAAGAAACCUGCAGUGCUUCCUACUGCGUUUCAGAUGUCCGAAGAUGCAUUUCCUGAAGAAGAGGUCGAUGACGAGCAACAAAACAAUACUUCUGAGGAUCCUAAAGUUUCUGCGUCAAAGAAAGUGGCGCCGCUCAUUGCCAGUAAAAAGGUCGUCAGCAACAUUAACAAAUGGAAUCAAGUCCAGGAGGUCCUUAGUCAUGAUGUAGAACGCCCGGCGCCCGCCGAAACACCUACGGCAUUGCCUGUGGAGAGCGCUGUGAAGGCCAAGUCAGCAACCCCCGCGCCAGCGGACGACGACGUCGAUUUUUCAGACUCGAAAGCAAUGACGUGUCUACUAUGCGCAAGGCAAUUUAAAUCACAAGAACAAUUGAAACGUCAUACCAACGACGAAAAGAGGAAUCUCAAGGAUGUCAAUUUGCGGGAGAUUGCUCGGGAAAAGGCUGCUGCUGCACGUAAGAAGGCGGAUCAGCCUAGAUAUCGUGAUCGUGCAUCCGAGCGGCGUGUUAUGCAUAACCAGCCCGACGCGCCCCUACCGACGGAGUUGAGCAAGUCUACAGGCAAGAGAAAGCAAGCAGAGGGGCCACCGCGCCCUCCUACGCCUCCUCCCCCUCCUGUCAACCCUGGUCAGGAUGAGAACAAUGUGGGGAAUAAGUUAUUAAAAAUGAUGGGCUGGAAAGAAGGUACGGGCCUUGGCACUGACGGCGAAGGCAGAGUUGACCCUGUCCAAACUGCCAUUUAUGCCCAAGGCGUGGGAUUGGGUGCAAGCAAGGGGAAAGAAGUAGGCAAGUAUGCAGAGGGCUACUCUGGAUAUGUUCAUAUGGCACAGGAUGCAGCUAGGGAGCGCUAUGGUAGUUGA